AUGCAAGGCGGUGAACAGUUUCUACAUUUAGAAGCGAGCAGUUUAGGAAGUUGCAUGAGAUUCGAAAUCAUAAUUCACGAGCUCUUUCAUACUGUUGGUCUUGACCAUGAGCAUUCUCGCAACGAUCGGGAUGACUAUGUGAAGGUGCACUAUGAAAACGUGAAAAAAGGCAGAGAGUCACAAUUUCUGAAAUGUCUUUAUCCGCCUGAAUAUGACAUACCGUAUGAUUACAAAUCGAUUAUGCACUAUCAUCAGAGGGCGUUCACAAAAAAUAACGGUAUCACAUUGGAAACGUUGGAUCCGCAAUAUCAGGAUGUUAUCGGUACAGCAAAAAAGCCGUCACCCAAUGACUAUUUGAAAGUUUGCGCUUUGUAUCGUUGUGGAACUUGCAUGGGCAAAAAAGUCGUAAUUGAAACUCUUCCAGUAAAGCCAACAACACCAGCAUCAAAACAUUCGUCGUGCUACGAUGUUCAGCCUUUCAUUUGCUACAUAGGUUUAUUGCACGGUUUGCUGAACUGCAAGAAGCCGCUUCACAGACAAGCUUGUUGUAAAACAUGCAAGAAGACACCUCAUUUUGAUGAUUUUCUAAACAUCACCCAGUUUUUAAUUUGA